CUGCCAAUCAGACCGAUGCAUUGUGAUUUUAGAAGUGAUUUAGGUUCUGUCUAGGUUUAGAUCCACCCGCUCAUACCCAGUGUCGAUCUUCGUUAGUGUUUGCUAGUGUGCUUUGACACGAUCAGCAUCAAUGGGACCCUUGACGGCAAUAGCCGUGGCGGAGAGGGAUGUUGAAGCAGCGAACAUUCGGUUGGUUGACAUCGACCCUGAGCACCCACACAACUGGCCCAUGGCCAAAAAGGUCCGGGUAAUCAUGAUCCUCGGUCUCAUGAACAUCCUAGCCACGGUGGCCAGCAGCAUCUUGAGUCCUGCACAAGCGGAAAUUAUGGAGGAGUUUCACAUUGACAAGGAAGUGGCCAUUCUCACAACUACAUUAUUUCUAGUGGGCUACAUCUUCGGCUUCCUCACCUUCGGCCCGCUGUCCGAAAAGUUCGGCCGCAAAUGGCCGCUGAUCAUCGGGGUGACCAUCUCCGCACUUUUUGAAUUAAUGCCCGCCUUGGGCACUAAUCUCGCCACCGUCCUCGUCGGACGUUUCUUCGCGGGAUUGUUUGGUAUCUCGCCCGUUGCGGUCAUGGGGGGCGUCGUCAGCGAUUGUUUCGCAACGGAACAGCGCGGCAACGCAAUGGCGAUUGCCGUGGCGCUGAUGUUCUCGGGGCCGACAUUCGGCCCUGUCUUUGGCGGCUUCAUCGUCGCUUCGCCCUUGCACUGGCGCUGGACCAUGUGGGUGAUGAUCAUUUGCGGGCUGGGCCUGGCGCUCAUCGCCGUCGUGCUUUUCCCCGAGACCUAUCCCCCGAUCGUCCUGCAGCGCGCCCAAUCCUGCAAAGCUUCUAGUCUCGAAUCUCCUUCGGAGACGGAGAAAGAGAAACAAGACAGCAAUAGUAAUCUCGGACAAAUCGCAAAACUCUACCUCAUCCGUCCAUUCUGGCUCAUCCUCACCCAACCCAUCCUCACCCUCCUCACCAUCUACCAAUCCCUCCUCUACGGCAUCCUCUACCUCUUCUACCAAUCCUACCCCUACACCUUCGGCACCCUCCGCGGCUGGCCCACCGGCCUCAACACCCUCCCCCUCCUCGGCCUCAUCACGGGCAUCCUCCUCACCACCAUCCUCAUGCUCCUCUACAACCACCUCUACUUCCGCCACCACUCGCACGAUCCCACCACCGGGAAAUUCCUCCCCGAGGCGCGUCUCCCCCCCAUGAUCCUCGGCGGCUGUCUCAUCCCCGCCGGCAUGUUCUGGUACGCGUGGACCGCCACGCCUUCCAUCCCCUGGGCCAGUCCCGUCUGCGCGAACCUCCUCAUCGGAAGCGGCAUGUACUUGCUCUUCAUCCAGGGGUUUAGUUAUAUUGUGGAUUGUUUUACGGGCAUGGCGAAUAGUGCGAUGGGGGUGAAUGGGGCAAUGCGGAGUGUGUUUGGGGCGGCGUUUCCGUUAUUUGCGGGGAGGAUGUUGGCGGGGUUGGGGGUCGCGGACGCGACGAGUGUCUUGGGGGCGGUACUAUAG